GGCACUAUUGAUGGGUAUACUGUGAGCCUCCACAAAAUUCGGAAAAGGGACUUUUUUGAAUCUUCCGUGCCAUAGGGGAGACCAUGGCGCACGCGAGGAGCUACCGUGCGUCAUUUUUGGUGAUUUUGGUGCAGGUCGUUCUGAUUUGCUCCGCUCAGAGAGGUCCCCCUGGGCCGGAGGGUCCCCCUGGUGCAGAAGGCCUUGCUGGUUUCCCCGGGGUGGAUGGCAUUGAUGGGGACAGAGGCGUCGACAGUACCGUGGAUGGUGGCCCUGGACCUGAUGGAGAUGACGGCAAAAACGGAGCUGACGGGUUGGCUGGCGCACCAGGAGCCGAUGGAGCUACUGGACCUGUUGGCGAAGUUGGCCUAGAUGGACCCGCUGGCCCAAAGGGAGACACCGGAGCACCUGGACCUCGUGGACUACCAGGAGUUGGACCUGACGGAGAGGAUGGUAUUCCAGGAUCAGAUGGGUUGGCAGGAGAACUCGGCAAAGUUGGAGCUCCGGGUGACAGGGGAUUGAGAGGAGCCGUCGGACUUCCCGGAGCGGUGGGAGUAAGGGGUCCCCCGGGAGUAUGGAACGGAGAGGAACUGUGCCCCAACGCCUGCCCUUCAAGCCUCUCUGGAUACUCUGGAUUACCAGGAAUGAAGGGCCACAAAGGUGCAAAAGGUGAAUCUGGAGAACCUGGAAAGCAAGGCCAUAAAGGUGAAGAGGGAGACCUGGGAGCACCAGGGGAGCAGGGCGCCCAAGGACUACCAGGUCCAGGUGGAAAGAGGGGCAUCACUGGGUUGAUGGGCUCCAAAGGUGAAAGGGGUCUUCGUGGAAAAGCUGGCGACCUUGGACCUGCGGGAGCAGAGGGUCCCCCAGGUGACCCUGGCAGAAGGGGAAAGGUUGGCGAGACUGGCCCAAAAGGCAACACGGGAGCUCAAGGGCCCUCAGGACUAAGAGGAUUACCAGGAGCUAAAGGAGAAGCCGGUUUACCUGGAGUUGAUGCCCGUGAGGGGAUCCCAGGAAUGCCGGGUGGGAAGGGUAUUCCAGGAAAGGUUGGCUCUCCUGGUGACGCUGGACUGCAGGGACUUCCCGGUUUGCCCGGAACACCCGGCGCCAAAGGCCACCGUGGACUGUCGGGAGGCCAAGGUGAUCCAGGCGUUGCAGGCAUAAUUGGAAACUAUGGAAAGACGGGAGAGCGCGGGGAGCAGGGAGAGCAGGGGCCGGUCGGAGCCAGAGGAGGGCCUGGCGAGAGAGGAGAGCGAGGACCUGACGGGCCUCCAGGGCCACUAGGGGAGAAGGGACCUAAGGGGGACAUGGGUCUUCCAGGACUUCCAGGCCCCGCUGGUUUCAUUGGUCAAAAGGGCGAUCGGGGUGCAGUUGGUCUCACGGGUCCUCAAGGGGAACAAGGAGCGCAAGGAGAGGAGGGAACCCCCGGAAACAAAGGAGACCCAGGGGAUGAAGGAGAAGCAGGAGAGAAGGGAUCAACAGGAAAGGUCGGAGAGACGGGGAACAGAGGAGCAGAGGGAGCCCGUGGGCUGGCGGGUCUGGCGGGGGAGCUUGGAGAGAUCGGCCCCCGCGGCAUGCAGGGAGACCGCGGCCUACCAGGAGUGAGAGGCGCCCAAGGCCCACCAGGAAGAGGCCCAACUGAUGUGCACAUCAAGCAGGUCUGCAUGAGAGUCAUGCAAGAACAGUUGGCCCAGCUCGCCGCCAGCCUCACCCGACCCGACUCUGGCAUCUCUGGGCUUCCCGGCCCAGCAGGGCCCCCUGGACCUCCAGGAGCCACCGGAGACAACGGCUUCCCAGGACACCCCGGACCCAGAGGACUACCAGGCCUCAAGGGACCACCCGGCAUCCUCGGGAGGAAAGGACCCAGAGGUGAUACUGGGGACAGAGGUGACAGAGGGCCCACUGCUAUCGGAGACAAGGGCAUUGUUGGUCCUCCUGGUAUGCCAGGUGAGCCAGGCCACGCAGCGUACGGCACCAACGGUCGCGACGGCCUGAGGGGACCUCGCGGCGUUCCUGGGCUUCCCGGCGUCCCGGGGCCUCCCGGUCCCGCUGGCCUCAACGGAUACUGCGAGCCCUCGGCGUGCAUGCUUCAGGCCGCCGCCGGCGUCUCAGCCAAGGAGUCCAACUUCAAGGGGCCCGACGGGCCUUGAGAGACUCGAGACUUUUUUCUCUCCAAGUCAGAACCACCACCACCAUCCAAAAAAAAAGCCACACCCCAAGGAGCCCAGGUCAUAGGAGAUCUGACCUGAGAGACAAACGGUACAAUACAAUCGGCCCGGAUCCCAAAAUCUUCACUUGUUGACUAUAUAGUGCAGUAUGGAAGUGGGGAAAAAAAAGACAACCCAACAACUCACACACAACCUGUAUCUCUAGUGCACUACAUGGUGGACAAGUGAACAUUUUUUUUUGGGAUACAGCCAUUUUGGACAGAGCUCUUCCACCGAAGAGGGGACCAACCUUAACACUUUACUUGGAGUAGCAGCCGGACGCACUACGUAUGGGAUACUAAAGAGUCAAGAUGGCGUGCCGUAAACCCUCCAAUCACAAAGGUCCAGAGGUGGUGACCUCUGCUUCAGAAAGUACAAAGCCCUGUCAUUACCUUUACCUACGCACCAACCACAGGUGCUCACUUACUAGUUCAUCUUCCUGUCUGUUCAACCGUAUGAACUGUCAAGGACAAGGACCAAUGACAAUGACAACAUUUGUGGCAUUUGAGUGUUUUAACUUUCCGAAGCCAAGAUCCCUCCCCUAUGGCAUCAGAUUUCAUGUUGGGAUUGACUGAUAUUCGGCAUUUUAAAGGGUGGUCAUAUAGGCUGUUAUUUCCAAACGAUAACCUACAUCGAUUAUCUGCAUAUACCUUUUGUCAACCUUUAAAUUCCAUAAAUGGUAUUAGCCUUGGAAAAAAACAUACCCACUUUCAUCAUCUUUGAAGUGUUCUUGUGGGGUAUGGCUAUUGUGAUUGGGCCGGCUAGAACGCCACUUCAAGUAAAGUGUUACAAAAAAGAAAAUGAGCCGUGUGUUUUGAUACUUCAUUGUUAUGCCAUUGUGAAAGUGAAUUUCUCUUCGCAACAGGCGAAUCUUGGGCUAAUGAAAAAGUACGUUUCUUGGUGCCCGCUAUGAAGAAACGUCUUUGAGAUACAAUUGUGUUUUAGGUUUUACUCCUUUUGUAAAGAAAAAAGGCUUUUACGCUUUUUAGUCCACAGUCCAUUUUUUAAUUCAUCCAGAGACCAAUUACUUUUUUAUGUUGAGGUUUUCACACCAAUUAUAGGACAAAUAACUGUAAAUCUUUGUAUAUGUGUCAAUAUUGAACCCUUUGUCAUUUGGGAAUUAUACCAUUGACAGACUGACCUUUUGUGUGCUUCUGUGUCAAUUACCUCCAUGUUAUCAAGAAGACAUUUGUACAGUACAUCAUCACUUUCUUUCAUUCAUUUUCCUUGUUUGUUGUUUGUACAAUGAAAGAACUCACUCGAUCACCUGGGGCCUAAACUAAGACGCUGUAUCAGGAGUAAACCAGGAUACGUUAAGAGGUAAAUCAUCUAAUAAAAGAGCCUAGAGUCCUCAUUUCGUAAGAGGACUUCUAUUCGAUGAUUUACCUCUAAUGUAACUUUGGUUUACUCCCGAACCAGCUUCUUAGUAUACCCCUCAGAUCCUGUUUUGACGCACUAUUAUCUUAUUAUUUAUUAUUAUAUUGAAAGGCAGAUGUGACGCCAGCUGUGGAAAAAAAGGGGAAAUAAAACACAUUUUGAUAAAGCUCUGCAUGGUCUUGUAUAGAUAGUGUGUCGAGAUGUAUGCCAGCAUCUCCACCACCUGAGGUGCUCUACACUGAGGUACGUUACAGUUCUUUUUCAGUGGUGUGCAUUAGGCUAUUUAACAUUAGGAUGACACCCACAAACACCACUGGUAAAUGCUCUUUUCCAGUAAAUUCCCCUAGUGCCAAUGAGUUCAUACCCUAAAUCAUUCAGACAUCCAUUUGUCCGGUUACUGGUAGGCCUAUUCAUGUUUCGUAACCCCCUCCGGGCCCUCCCC